CAAAGGAGAAGGUGAAGCUUCUGAUUCAGCUGGCCGAUAGUUUUGUGGAAAAAGGCCACAUUCAUGCCACAGAGAUAAGGAAGUGGGUGACCACAGUGGACAAACACUACAGAGACUUCUCCUUGAGGAUGGGGAAGUACCGGUACUCCCUGGAAAAAGCCUUAGGAGUCAACACAGAGGAUAACAAGGACCUGGAGCUGGACAUCAUCCCAGCCAGCCUUUCAGAUCGUGAAGUCAAGCUACGGGACGCCAACCAUGAAGUCAAUGAAGAGAAGCGGAAGUCAGCUCGGAAGAAAGAAUUCAUCAUGGCUGAGCUACUUCAGACAGAAAAGGCUUAUGUAAGGGACUUACAUGAGUGCUUAGAGACCUACCUGUGGGAAAUGACCAGUGGUGUGGAGGAGAUCCCCCCUGGGAUCCUUAAUAAAGAGCAUAUCAUCUUUGGCAACAUCCAGGAGAUCUACGAUUUUCAUAACAACAUCUUCCUCAAAGAGCUGGAGAAGUACGAGCAGCUGCCUGAGGAUGUGGGACACUGCUUUGUGACCUGGGCAGACAAAUUUCAGAUGUAUGUCACCUACUGUAAAAACAAGCCUGAUUCCAACCAGCUGAUCCUGGAGCAUGCAGGAACCUUCUUUGAUGAGAUACAGCAGCGGCAUGGUCUGGCCAACUCCAUUUCUUCCUACCUAAUUAAGCCUGUGCAGAGGAUCACCAAGUACCAGCUGCUCCUGAAGGAACUUUUAACUUGCUGUGAAGAAGGGAAAGGGGAGCUCAAAGAUGGCCUGGAGGUGAUGCUCAGUGUCCCAAAGAAAGCCAAUGAUGCCAUGCACGUCAGCAUGCUGGAAGGGUUCGAUGAGAACUUGGACGUGCAGGGGGAGUUGAUUCUCCAGGAUGCCUUUCAAGUUUGGGACCCGAAGUCACUGAUCCGGAAGGGGCGGGAGCGGCACUUGUUCCUCUUUGAAAUCUCCUUGGUUUUUAGCAAGGAGAUCAAAGACUCUUCAGGACACACGAAAUAUGUUUACAAGAACAAGCUACUGACCUCAGAGCUGGGUGUGACUGAGCACGUGGAGGGCGAUCCCUGCAAAUUCGCCUUGUGGUCUGGGCGCACCCCAUCCUCAGACAAUAAAACAGUGCUGAAAGCCUCCAACAUUGAAACCAAGCAGGAGUGGAUCAAGAACAUUCGAGAGGUGAUUCAAGAAAGGAUCAUUCACCUGAAAGGAGCUCUAAAAGAGCCAAUUCAGCUCCCCAAAACACCAGCCAAACAGAGGAACAAUAGUAAGAGGGAUGGAGUGGAGGAUGUUGACAGCCAGGGGGAUGGAAGCAGCCAGCCAGACACCAUCUCCAUUGCCUCCAGGACCUCUCAGAACACAGUGGACAGUGACAAGCUCUCUGGCGGAUGUGAACUGACUGUGGUCCUCCAGGACUUCAGCGCGGGCCACAGCAGCGAGCUGACCAUCCAGGUGGGGCAGACGGUGGAGCUGCUGGAGCGGCCCAGCGAGCGGCCCGGCUGGUGUCUGGUCCGCACCACAGAACGGAGUCCCCCUCAGGAGGGCCUGGUCCCCAGCAGCGCCCUGUGCAUCUCCCAUUCCCGAAGCAGCGUGGAGAUGGACUGCUUCUUCCCCUUGGUGAAAGAUGCGUACUCUCAUUCCUCAAGUGAAAAUGGAGGCAAGUCCGAGUCAGUGGCCAACCUGCAGGCUCAGUCCUCCCUGAACUCCAUCCACAGUUCCCCAGGCCCCAAGCGCUCUACCAAUACCCUUAAGAAGUGGCUGACGAGUCCUGUGCGUCGACUCAACAGUGGGAAAGCAGAUGGAAACAUCAAAAAGCAGAAGAAAGUGCGUGAUGGUCGGAAGAGCUUCGACCUGGGAUCUCCCAAGCCUGGGGAUGAGACGACCCCUCAGGGGGACAGCGCUGAUGAGAAGAGCAAGAAAGGUUGGGGUGAAGAUGAGCCAGAUGAAGAGUCACACACACCCCUCCCUCCGCCUAUGAAGAUCUUUGACAAUGACCCGACACAGGACGAGAUGAGUCUAGAAGGAGGAUCAUACCGGGGGAGCUUGAAAGACCCCACAGGCUGCCUGAAUGAGGGGAUGACCCCACCCACAGCUCCUAGAAACCUGGAGGAAGAACAGAAAGCCAAGGCCCUGAGAGGCAGGAUGUUUGUCCUGAAUGAGCUGGUACAGACAGAGAAAGACUAUGUCAAGGAUCUGGGGAUUGUGGUGGAGGGCUUCAUGAAGAGAAUAGAAGAAAAGGGUGUUCCUGAGGAUAUGCGAGGAAAGGAUAAAAUCGUGUUUGGAAAUAUUCACCAGAUUUAUGACUGGCACAAGGAUUUUUUCCUGGCUGAACUGGAAAAAUGUAUCCAGGAGCAAGACAGAUUGGCACAGCUCUUUAUCAAGCAUGAGCGGAAGCUGCACAUCUACGUGUGGUACUGCCAGAACAAGCCACGCUCAGAGUACAUCGUUGCUGAGUACGAUGCCUACUUUGAGGAGGUAAAACAGGAGAUAAAUCAAAGGCUGACACUUAGCGACUUCCUUAUCAAGCCCAUUCAGAGAAUAACAAAAUACCAGUUGCUCCUCAAGGACUUCCUGAGAUACAGUGAGAAGGCUGGUUUGGAGUGUUCAGAUAUCGAGAAAGCAGUGGAGUUAAUGUGCCUUGUUCCCAAACGCUGCAAUGACAUGAUGAAUCUGGGACGCCUGCAGGGCUUUGAGGGCACCCUGACCGCUCAGGGGAAGCUGCUGCAACAGGACACAUUCUACGUGAUUGAGCUGGAUGCAGGCAUGCAGUCCCGGACCAAGGAGAGGCGUGUGUUCCUCUUCGAGCAGAUUGUCAUCUUCAGUGAACUGCUCAGGAAGGGAUCCCUCACCCCGGGCUACAUGUUCAAAAGGAGCAUCAAGAUGAAUUACUUGGUCCUGGAGGAGAACGUGGAUGAUGACCCCUGCAAGUUUGCACUCCUGAAUAGGGAGACUUCUGAGAGGGUCAUCCUGCAAGCUGCCAAUGCUGACAUCCAGCAGGCCUGGGUGCAGGACAUCAAUCAAGUCUUAGAAACACAGCGAGACUUCUUAAAUGCACUACAGUCACCCAUUGAGUAUCAGCGGAAAGAAAGGAGCACAGCUGUGAUGAGGUCCCAACCUGCCAGGGCUCCCCAAGCCAGCCCCAGGCCCUACUCCUCCAUCCCUGUGGGCUCUGAGAAGCCCCCAAAGGGCUCCAGCUACAACCCGCCUCUGCCACCCUUAAAGAUAUCUACCUCCAAUGGCAGUCCAGGGUUUGACUACCACCAGCCUGGGGACAAGUUUGAGGCCAGCAACGUAAGUGACAACUCAAUACUUCCACCAUUAGAGAUCACUUUGGGAAGUACCAUCUUUUUAUGCUGAUUAUUUUAGUAGGAACUUAAUACAGUCUCAUCUCAGUGAUUUCUCUUUCUUCCCCUGUAACUUGACUGAGUUAGAGCAAUUCCCUCUGACUCACACACUCUGUGUUAAAGGGCCAUUCUCAUCUACAGAAACUCUAUACAAAUAUAAGGUAUUAUUGUGAUGGCAAUCAUGAAAACAUGUGAUUUAUACCAAACAGAGUAGUUGUGGUGUGGGUCAUCUAAAAGCCACAACUCUAGCACUUGGCAUCUUAAAAGGAGAUUGCCCUUUCUGCUGAAGAUCUGUCUCCAGCUCCUGCAGUGCCUCACCAUCCACUGGCUGAUGUGUAAGAGGAAGCUGGUCAUCAACGUCUGAAUGGGGGAAGCCAGUCUUGGAUUAAAUGUUUAUUGUGGGUAAUCCACAAUUCAAACAUCACCAUGAGGCUAGUUAUAGACUUAACUGUAGACCUAGUCUACACAGCUGUUUGACCCUACAAGGUAGGAACAAGAGAGAUAUGGGAGAAACUGCUAGGUUCACUUGCUCUAGAAACUUAGCAGCUUAAUCAAUCUCAUUAGGCCUCAGUUUUCUCUAGAACUUAAUGAGUCUAUGAAUAGGAACACUUAGAUUUUUGACCUAUAUGUUCUGAUUUUAUAGUUUUAUUCUUUUUUCCCAAAUUAUUAGUUGGUAUUGAUUUUGUUAAAAUUAAUUAUUAAUGCCCAAGUUCAAUUCUGUGUUAGAGUAACUGUUACCAAACUACGAGGUUACCUCAAAAAGUUCAUGGAAAGGUUUGUACUAUCAGGUCAGUCCCUGCUGCCCAGAGAGGUCUGAGAGCCACCAAACCCACACACCCUGAGCCAGCUGUGCCAGGACUGGCAGGCACCAUCGACCCCCAGCCCGGGCUAAUUCCCACUGCCCAGAAUUGGCUAUCCCAUCAGGAUCCAGGCCAGACACCAGGGUUGAACAAGUGGACCGUGAUACCCCAUGCCACAGUGACUGAACACCAAUGGAAAGAUACCAGAAAUAUGAAAUUGAAGACAGUACGUCACCA